UGCCGUCAGGGAGCCGGGAAAGCGUCGGCGACGCCCCGCCCUUAAGCGGGAGCCAAUCCUGAGAAGCCGAGGGACGACCCCGGAAGCGAGGUCCGCGACAGCGAUGUUUCCUUUCUUUAAGAUCUUGAUGGAUAAAAUAAAGCAGACAUAAUUCAUCUCUAGAAAGAUUAUUUAUACCCUGGCAUUUGAAAUGUUUUAUAUUUAGUGUCAUAGGAAAAAUGGAAAGAGGGAAAGUAAAUAGUGAUGGAAAACCAGACCCAGAAAAUUCCCUGGACUUUUCUGAACACUUUAACCAGCUUGAAUUGUUGGAAACACAUGGGCACCUUAUUCCCACUGGUACCCAAAGUCUCUGGGUAGGGAAUUCUGAUGAAGACGAGGAACAAGAUGAAAAAACUGAAGAGUGGUAUCAAUUGCAAGAAAAAAAGAUGGAAAAAGAUCCAAGCAAAUUGCUUCUUUGGGCCGCAGAAAAAAAUCGGCUUACUACAGUGCAGAGACUACUGUCUGAAAAGGCCACCCAUGUGAACACUAGAGACGAAGACGAAUAUACCCCUCUCCAUCGAGCAGCCUACAGUGGACACUUAGAUGUGGUACGCGAGCUGAUUGCACAAGGGGCAGAUGUCCACGCGGUGACUGUGGAUGGCUGGACGCCGCUGCACAGUGCCUGUAAGUGGAAUAACACCAGAGUCGCUUCUUUCUUACUCCAGCAUGAUGCAGAUAUCAACGCCCAAACAAAAGGCCUCCUGACCCCCUUACACCUCGCCGCCGGGAACAGGGACAGCAAAGAUACCCUGGAGCUCCUCCUUAUGAACCGCUACAUCAAACCGGGUCUGAAGAACAACUUGGAAGAAACGGCCUUUGAUAUUGCUAGACGGACAAGUGUCUAUCACUACCUCUUUGAAAUUGUGGAAGGCUGCACAAAUUCUUCACCUCAGCCAUAACGGUUCUAAUGAUCCUCUGACGUUUCCAAGUACCAGUGCCUCCUUUGUGUGAGAUAGGACAUAUGCCCAUGAUACAAAGUUGACAUCAAAAGUUUUGCGACAGAAAAUCAGUGGUACACAUUCGAAUGCCCUUCCCAGUGAAAUGCCUAACCUUGAUGUCAAAAUGUAUUUGAAAGUUGUUUGGAUAUAACUUUACUGAUCUAUGUGGACUUUGUAAUUUUUAUCAGAAAUAAUUUUAACAUGCUUCUACUUAACAACUUGUAACGGGUUGUACAGAAAAACUAAUGAUAUUUUUGGUGCUGAUCCAAGAGAAGUGUAUUUUUAAAUACCACCACUUCGUGCAGUAUUUAGUAUAUUGACAUGUAUUUUUAUAAGGUGAGGUAACUCAGAAUUUAAUUGAAAAAUCUCAAGUAUACUGGUGCGGUUCAGCCAUCUUCUCCACAUCACAAUAGCCAUUUGCUUUCAUUUUAAAUGGUAAGAACUCACUUAGUGACUUGAAUGGUCACAAGUUUAAAAAAACAUUAAAGAAGCUUAGAUCUUUAUCUUUUUAGAGUGUUAGUUAGUUUAGACAAAGUAGUUAACUAAAGUGUUUAGCCCGUGAAUGUUACAUAACUGCCUCCGCGACCACAGUUCACACAAUCCUGUGGACGGCCCUACCUCACCCUGGUCAACCCACACGAUCCUUCUUCCAUUGGUUGAGUCGGCGUGACUUUUUAGACAUGCGCACAACUCUACCUUGGUCCAAGAGAUCGUACUAUAUGUGCUCGCCAACCGGUUUUACCUGCCUAAGCCUGGUGUUUGGGGCACCGCUCAGAUGGUCUUUCUAGUUCACAGGAAGUCUCGGUUUUCCAAGGUCGUCCUUUUAUAUGAAUCCUACAAAGGCAAAGAGACGAGGGAAAAGGAAUUCGAAGAGUGAAGGGAUGAUGAUUAUAUUGGGGCUAGAUUAUAAGUGGCUCAGGUUUUAAAAAAGCCACAAUGUGGAUAGAGACACAAGCAUAAAUAGAAAUAUUCAGAAAAAAAUAAAAGUUUUGAACAAAAAAAGUGAUACCAAUUCUCUCUCUUUCUCUCUCUCUCUUUUUUUUUGAUCAGCACAGAUCUUCCUUGGAUACAUAACCUAUGUAUUCAUCGAACAUAUAUUGAUUAACUACUGUCUCAGUCUCUCUAGCAGGAGUUUCCCACUGACCACCUACCCUUUCUGUGACUAUUCCUGAAGUGUUGUCGCUUAACUUCUUAACACCAGAACUGACAUGCUAUAGGAAGGAAACUAAACCAAUGGGCCUUUCUUCAGUUGUUUAUUCACCAAAGUUUGUCUCUUUGAGCCAAUCCAUGUGAGCCAAUCACUAUGGACUAAUAAUGUUACUUAAUCAAAUAUGUUUGGUGGUUUUGGGGUUAAAAAAAAAAAUUGAAUCAUAUCAGAAAAGUUAAUUAGGAACUGAAUCAUCAUGACAAACAGGAUUCAAGAAUUAGGAUAGCUUUAAUUAUUCUGUGGUCUCUGGCUAGGAGAUGCCUCAGUUUCAGAGUACCAAUGUCUAUGAAAUGUACUGGGCGCCUGGGUGGCUCAGUCAUUGAAGUAUCUGACUCUUGAUUUUGGCUCAGGUCAUGAUCUCAGGUGAGAUUGAGCCCUGUGUUGGGCUCUGUGCUGGGCAUGGGGCCUGCUUAAGAUUCUCUCCCUCUCCCUCUGCCUUUCCCUCUUCCUGUAUAGGCACACACUCUCUCAAAAAAAAAAGUGGCCCAGUUUGAGGAUACCAAAUGACAGGUACAGCUGACAGGCAGUGACAAUAGAAUAGGACCCCAUCUAUCCUAGCAGACUGCUAAACAAGCUACCUGCUUACCUGAAAGUUAGAGUCUGUGACUCCUUUCUUACUUUGGAAAUAAGUUGCAUCCAUGAUUUUACAUAAGCUCUCCACCUAAGUCUGGGGCCAAAGAGGCCUCCUUACUUACAAUAAGGAGCUGAGAUGUGACUCACUACUCCCUUGGUUUCAGGCCUUAACAUUCAACCAGUGCUGAGGAGCAAACUCCACAUAAAAGAGAAAUCCUUUCCAUCUCUGAGCACAGAAUUUGUGUUGUUUGCUUCCUUUGUACUUUUCCUUAGGAAAGUGUUUCCUAUCCACAGAAGGCAUUCACUAACCAUGCUUUUGACUCUUUUACUUACCUGUAUCUUCCACUUUGCUUUAAGAAACCUAAAAAAAAAAAACCCCAAAAAACAAAACAAAACUCGGUUUGCAAAGAAAAUUUUCUCUAAUCUGGGAGAGUUUAUUCGAAGACUGUUUUUCAUAACUGGCUUAAUUUUGAUUAGCUUAUAUGCUUAAGGAAAGGUGACUGUCAUUGUUUAAGGAGUACAUCAUAAUUCAUAGACUCACAAAUGAAAUGAGUUGGCUUUGCUCUUCUAAAUCUUAAAUAUGCUCCUGCGGGGAGCUCUCUGACCCACUACCUACCAUGGUGAUGGGAUGUAGACUUUAUUCUACGGAUGCAUUCAUUUAUUUCUCUUCAUUGGCAUCUAUUAUGACAAAAAUCCAAACGCCUCCAUUCCUGGAAACACUAUAUCCCAUUUUCAAAGGUCCCUUUCAGGCAUCAGAGGUCUCCAACCAAUGGGAAAAACCGAAGUUGGGGGA